CAACAACAAGCCUCACAAGCACAAUAUCAAUCAUCAAGCACACUACCACCACCAAUAAGAAAAAGUUGAACAAAAUGCGUUCUUUUAUCUGGCUGAGUGCACUUAUCGGGCUUGCCAUCGCGGCACCCGGAGCGUCCAUACUGGAGGAGAACGACAAGCGGGAAUGGCUUGAUGGCUACGGCCGUGGCGGUGGAGACGGCUACGGCGGUGGUGAUGGUUACGGACUGGCAAAGCGAGAGUGGAUGGACGGCUAUGGUCGUGGUGGUGGUGAUGGAUAUGGUGGAGGCGAUGGUUACGGUCUAGCUAAGCGGGAAUGGCUCGACGGUUACGGCCGUGGCGGUGGUGAUGGAUAUGGUGGAGGCGAUGGCUACGGCAGAGCUAAGCGAGAGUGGCUUGACGGCUACGGUCGUGGCGGCGGCGGCGAUGGAUAUGGUCGUGGUGGUGACGGAUACGGUCGUGGAGGUGGCUAUUGA